UAGGGUUUCCGACUCCCACACGACAGCCUCCCGCUUUUCCGACCCAUUCGAAAUGGCCAAAAAUCCCUUAUAAAAUCGUCCCCGACUCUUCGAUCUCAGUCGCAGCCCCAUCCUUCUCCUCCUUAGAGCCCGUGCGCCGAGCCGAGAGGUGCGAAACCCUAAAUCGCUUCUUCCUUCGAUUCGCCGGCGGAGGAGGAGGAGGAACUUCGUCGCUUCGGAGAUCCCAAUCCGAGUUUUGUGAAAUGGCAAUGGAGAUUACCCAGAUUUUGUUAUCUGCCCAAUCUCCCGAUGGGCAGAUUCGAACUGCUGCAGAGGAAAACCUCAAGCAGUUUCAGGAACAGAAUCUUCCCCAUUUCCUCCUUUCAUUAUCUGUUGAGCUCUCAAAUGACCAAAAGCCUCCGGAAUCUCGAAGGCUUGCUGGCAUUAUCCUUAAGAAUUCCUUAGAUGCAAAGGACUCAAUUAGAAAAGAAGAACUUACUCAGCGAUGGGUCAGUGUGAUCUCUUCUAUCAAAAUCCAAAUCAAGGAAUCUUUAUUAAGGACUCUUGGAUCAUCUGUACCGGAAGCACGGCACACCUCGUCGCAAGUGAUUGCCAAGGUUGCUUCUAUCGAGAUCCCCAGGCGGGAAUGGCAGGAACUCAUCGGGCAGUUAUUAAACAACAUGACCCAGCAGCAGGCACCUGCUCCUCUGAAACAAGCAACCUUGGAGGCACUGGGGUAUAUCUGCGAGGAGGUAUCUCCUCAGGACUUGGAGCAGGAACAAGUGAAUGCUGUUCUAACUGCUGUUGUUCAGGGUAUGAAUCAGACAGAGCAUAACUUUGAAGUCCGACUUGCUGCUGUCAGAGCACUGUACAAUGCUCUUCAAUUUGCUCAGACUAACUUUGAGAAUGAGAUGGAGAGGAAUUUCAUCAUGAAAGUUGUCUGUGAGACCGCUGUAUCUAAAGAGCUGGAGAUCAGACAGGCAGCCUUUGAGUGCCUUGUUGCUAUAGCCUCUAUGUAUUAUGAGAUUCUUGAGCCAUACAUGCAGGCAUUGUUCACUUUGACCUCUAAUGCUGUGAGUGGAGAUGAGGAGCCUGUUGCUCUGCAAGCUGUUGAAUUCUGGAGUUCUGUCUGUGAUGAAGAGAUUGAACUCCAAGACGAGUAUGGCGGAGCUGAUGAGGGGAACUCUUCUGUUCAUUCUCAUUUUAUUGAAAAGGCUCUUCCUGUGUUAGUACCGAUGCUGUUAGAAACACUGCUGAAGCAAGAGGAGGAUCAGGACCAAGAUGAUGGUAUCUGGAAUCUGUCCAUGGCUGGUGGGACGUGCCUUGGACUUGUUGCAAGGACCGUCGGGGAUGCUGUUGUGCCCCUUGUGAUGCCUUUUGUCGAGAGUAACAUAACAAAGAGUGAUUGGCGCAGCCGUGAGGCUGCCACUUUUGCAUUUGGGUCUAUUCUUGAAGGUCCAUCCCUUGAAAAGCUCACACCACUGGUUCAUGCUGGCCUGGAUUUCUUGCUCAAUGCAAUGAAAGACCAAAAUAGUCAUGUCAAGGACACGACAGCCUGGACUCUUGGAAGGAUUUUUGAAAUAUUGCAUUCUACGAGUAGUGCUUACCCAGUAAUAACUCCAGCAAACCUUCCUCGUAUCAUGUCUGUGUUGUUAGAAAGUAUCAGAGAUAUCCCCAAUGUGGCUGAGAAGGUUUGUGGAGCCAUUUAUUUUCUUGCCCAGGGUUAUGAGGAUUCAGGGGCAAAUUUGUCAGUGUUCACACCUUUUCUUGGUGACAUUAUUUCAGCUCUCCUUUCUACAGCUGAUCGUGCAGAUACUAAUAAUUCUAGGCUUCGAUCUUCUGCAUAUGAGACUUUGAAUGAGAUAGUUAGAUCCACUAAUAUAUCAGAAACUUCAAACAUGAUAGCCCAUCUACUUCAUGAAAUUAUGAACAGAUUAAGCCGGACUCUAGAGCUCGAAAUAGUGUCCUCAGAUGACCGGGAAAGACAAAGUGAUCUGCAAGCCCUGCUAUGUGGUGUUAUUCAAGUAAUAGUUCAGAAGCUGAGUGGCUCGGAUGAGACAAAAUCCAUAAUUCUUCAGUCUGCUGAUCAGAUGAUGAUCUUGUUCCUUCGAGUCUUUGCUUGCCGCAGUUCUACUGUACAUGAGGAAGCAAUGCUUGCUAUUGGGGCCCUUGCUUAUGCUACCGGGCCGGAAUUUGCCAAGUACAUGCCUGAGUUCUAUAAGUAUCUAGAAAUGGGCUUGCAAAAUUUUGAGGAGUAUCAAGUCUGCUCCAUCUCAGUUGGGGUGGUUGGUGACAUCUGCCGUGCCCUGGAUGAAAGGGUUCUUCCCUUUUGUGAUGGUAUUAUGAGUCAACUUCUUAAGGACCUCUCUAAUUCCAUGCUCCAUCGAUCUGUCAAGCCUCCUAUAUUCUCAUGCUUUGGUGAUAUUGCCCUUGCAAUUGGCGAGCAUUUUGAGAAAUAUGUUCCCUAUGCAUUGCCAAUGCUUGAAGGAGCUGCAGAGCUCUGUGCACAUCUGGAUGCUAGUGACGAGGAUAUGCUGGAUUACGGGAAUCAGCUUAGACGAGGCAUUUUUGAGGCCUACUCUGGUAUACUUCAGGGAUUCAAGAAUUCCAAGGCAGAGCUGAUGAUACCUUAUGCAAACCAUCUGUUGCAGUUCACUGAAGUAGUCUUCAGAGAUAUGAACAGGGAUGAGGGAGUGACUAAAGCUGCAGUUGCUGCGAUGGGUGAUCUUGCUGAUACACUCGGUCCAAACACAAAGGUCUUGUUCAAAGACUGCACUUUCUACAUUGAUUUCUUGGGGGAGUGCCUUCAGUCUGAUGAUGACCAGUUGAAGGAGACUGCAACUUGGACUAAAGGGAUGAUUGCGCGAGUGUUGGUUUCCUGAGGUGGAGCCUAUUUUGCAGUAAGAUGCUGGUCCAUUUCCUGGUUAUACUCAAUACCAUAGUCUUUCAGAUCACAGAAGUCGUCUCAAGGUCUUAGGGUGUUGUUUUUUGAUAGCUGUUCGGUUUUUUUGGACCUUAUAGAGUGGCAAUGUUUUGCCACUUAAAAGGGUUAAUAGUGAUGGCUGUGGUUCUUGAGUGUGUUGUUUAACUAUUGCAUCCACUACUUUGUGGCGAUCAGUCAUUUGGAAUGUAGUAGCUGUCCAAUUCAUUGGAUACAAACCAUGUAUCAUUUGUUAGUAAAGAUUUUGAUUUCGUUCUUCUAGGAUCAAA